CCUGUCAACAUCGUCACCACAUGCGAUCGCGGACGCUAUCACGUUUCCGAUAUGCACGUUUGACUGACCGCUGCUGACUAUUCCUGCGAAACUGAUGGCUUGGUUGAUUUCCCAACUCAUCUCCAUCGUUUGUAUUGCUAUCAUCCCAUGUCGUGUUGAAUGCUUUUUCUUGGGCUAGAGGCAUGAUUCCGAUAUUGCAUUGGAGAACAGCGACGCGACAAUGGCUACCUCAGCCCUGAACCUGAAAUCCGGCGACUCGAAGCCCGCGUCCACGGCGCUGAUAGCUACGUCUGAUGAGUCGAACAAGUCACCCAAGCACUAUCGCGGCUUUGUCGCCGGUGUCUUCAGUGGCAUUGCGAAGUUAUCUGUGGGUCACCCAUUCGAUACUGUAAAAGUCCGCCUACAAACGACCGAGAAAUCGCAUUUCCGGGGUCCGGUAGACUGUCUUAUGCAGACGUUGAGGAAGGAGGGGUUUGCGGGGCUGUACAAGGGUGCUACACCGCCGCUGGUGGGAUGGAUGUUUAUGGACUCGAUCAUGUUAGGAUCUCUCAGCGUAUACCGUCGCGUCCUCAACGAUCGAGUCUUCAAUCCCCCCUCACAUCUCCGACUUGGUGAACAGCAGAGUAAGCUGCCCGUAUACGGUCAUGCAUUAGCAGGGACCAUGGCGGGAUGGACAGUCUCCUUCGUUGCCGCGCCGGUCGAGCACAUAAAAGCGCGCCUGCAAGUGCAAUACGCAGCCGAUAAGAGCGCACGCCUGUACUCCGGACCGAUCGACUGCCUCAAGAAGAUAUACACUGGUCAUGGAGUAAGAGGAGUAUACCACGGUCUCAGUGCAACGCUCCUGUUCCGCACAUUCUUCUGCUUCUGGUGGGGAACCUACGACCUCUUCACACGGCAGCUACAACAACAUACCUCGCUCUCUGCACCAGCCGUGAAUUUCUGGGCAGGAGGUUUAUCAGCGCAGAUAUUUUGGUUGACCAGUUAUCCGAGCGACGUAAUCAAGCAGCGCAUCAUGACGGACCCGCUUGCACAGAGAAGAUUCCCAAGAUGGCGGGACGCCGCGAAAGCGGUCUACAGGGAACAAGGCUGGAAGGGAUAUUGGCGGGGGUUCGUGCCAUGUUUCCUGAGAGCAUUCCCGGCAAACGCCAUGGCAUUGGUAGCGUUCGAGGGAGUCAUGAGGAGUCUGCCAGAAUAAAGUGACGCAUUCUUAGGCUUCUGUUCCUUCACGUUUUGGACUUAGCGACCUCAUAGCAUUGUGAUACCAUUGUAGACAAAUCUCAUCUAGCAAGAAUAUAUUCAUAUCUUGUCAUGCA